UAUUUAUAAACUUAUUUUAUUACAUAAUUAUCAUAUAUAUGUAUAUACAUAUAUAUAUGCAGAGAAAUACAUAUCAGAAAAUCUAGUGCCUUCUUUCCGUCUUUUCUACACAUCUACAGUUACUAGUUUCUCUUUAACCAAAAGCGACCCAACCACACAUCCCCUUUGCGUGUUUAAAGAUUGCCCGUAUACCUCAGUGGAAAUGGAGACCAAAGUAAACUAAACAGGGAGGGGCAGAGGGGGAAGCGUCCUCCUAGUCCUAGUGCUUGCUUCGUGGCGCCAGAAACUGUCCCUGUCAGCUCUAGCCUGGGCUGCGGAGGUUGAUUAGAUUCCCUAGGUCGAGAAACACUGUUUCUGUCUGAGGGCAUGUACUUUGGGAAGAUGCCAGAGUGGAGAGGCGCCCAGCAAGAUGGGUUAUGUCUAGGAGAGGCGACUCUCCUGCUCAGGCUGGCUUUGCACAGAGCCCCUCUCUCCCCUCCCCCUCCCCCUCUCUCCUCUCUUUAUCCCGCUUCCAAGUCCUGUUUCUCUUCUCCCGGCUGUUCCGCGCCCCCUCCCCUUCUUCCCUCCUCCUCCUCCCCCUCCCCUCCCUCCCACCGGGCAGCUUGUGCAUUGCCCUAAAAGUUAGGCUACUGUCUAGCGCCCUACCCAGGAAUCAGGCAAUGAGUUUUGCCGGGGCUGCGUGUUAAUGCGCAGCCGAGGCGGGAGGGGAAAGGGAGGAGGGUGGGUACGUGCACCGAAGUCGGUGGUCAAUGUCUUACUGUAUUUCCUCUGCUACAAGAGCUCCCUGACUUCCCUCCAGACACACCCCCUUCUCGGUUUACACACCCCCCUCUAGCUCGACUUCCGCGGAGAGUUCCAAUUUCGGCCUUUCCUUUGCCUCCCAGCUCCCCAAUCGCUCUCAUCUCUGGUAGCCUCCCUUCCUAAAUUUCAUCUGCACCGCACGCGCCCCCUUAAAGAGAGACUCGACUCUGAUCAGUUUUCCUCGGGUUGGAAUCCCAAUUAGAUACUCAGAGCCUCCGGGUUUUUGGAACAACUUAGAAAGAAGAAAAUCGAAGGAUAGGUAGUUUCCGCCAGGCAUAGAGAUAUGAAAGCGUCCAGAUUUAUUAGGAAAGUGUUGGUAGAACCUACUUAUCCAUCAAAAUUAAUACCAACAACACACACACACACACACACACACACCCCACAGACCUGAGCCUAUGUCUUUUAACGAGGUCUUCAUUUGUUUGCCGGUCUGAUUUGGAGAUGUACACCCAGAAUGGAUUUCCCAUGCCCAGAACUGGUUUCCAUCUGGAGGAGAUCUGCAGGAGCUAACAGCCCAACCUUUCACCCGCAAAGAGAUGUGUGCGGUUUUGACCGGUAUUGUCAAUCAUCUGCAACAUUUUUCUUCAUUCACUUUAUAAAAUCAGAUGCAAUCCUGGGGGAAGUGAAAGUGGUAUAAAUUACUGUACCCCCAGGCAAUCAUAGUUCAAUUUUUAUACGGCCUUUUAAGAUGUAUUAAAUGCUUCAUAUACAUUAUCUUAUUUGAUUCACACAAUAAGAAGAGGAUGCUGUGGUUAUCUUUAUGAUACCGAGAAGCGAAUAACCUCAGAGGGGCCGAUAUUUGCCCAGGACACAGCUACUAAGUUUCUUCUUGGUAUUCGAGGAAAAUCAGGUAAAUUGAUUUUGCUGCCAAGUAGUUUUAUUCUCCCUCUUAACUCAGGGUUAUUCCACAAUCCCGCCCACAACCCCUCCUAAAUUGCGUACAUGUUUUGAAGUGUCCGAAUUGAACCAUGUGAGUUGAACCCAUGCCAGAAAACCUUGCUCUGGGAGGCCCCCCCAGGUAGAGCGACGGUGAAGUCUCCCCUUCCCAGUAAUUAGGUCCCUCCCACAGCCCAUCACAGGUCGAUCCCAGUACUGGAUCCAUAGAAGGGUUAUCCUUCCGUUGAUUCCCUCCUCCCAUCCCAGCUUUCCCCCCCUUUUCUGUUUCAACUUUAGCUAAAACUCGAGACUCCGAAGUGGAACAGCUCUCGGACAGAGCCUCGGGCAGAUUUGGAGAUUGGGGGAGAGUCAAGCCUGAGAGAGUUUUUCUCCUACAAUCCUGAGGCUAGCCAGGAAAGGCUCGAGUUCACGAGAGAGCCUGGAGGAAAGAAACUGCCCACUCCGAGCGUCCCACUGAGGAGCAGUUCGUGUCCAGUAAUUUUAUGGAGACCCAGGCUCCCCGCAUCCUGAAUGUGGAGCCUUCGGGGUCUAUGCCCCGUGGAGAACCACCGCCAGCUGAAGAGAGCCCCGAUCCCGGAGCCUUACUGCUGGGAGAGGGCGGCGGCGGUAGCUGUCACAACUGCCCGGAGGCCCCGGCUCGGAGCCCGCCCUCUCGGCCUAGGAGCAGCCCCCAAGUGCCCGAAAGAGAUGCCACUUUUUUGGAGCAGGAACUGCUGGAUGCCCGACGCUGCUGCCGUGCCCGUUCCUUCUCCCUGCCUCCGAGCCCCAUUCUGGAAGCAGCCAAGUUACUGCAGCAGCAGCGGCAGAGGCUGCAGCCCCAGUCCGAGGAUCCCGGGGCCGAGUGGGGCUCAGGGGACCGAGAGGAGGAGCUGCUGAGCCCCGGAGCCUGUUGCACCAAGUGCAAGAAGCGGGUGCAGUUCGCGGAUUCUCUGGGGCUCAGCCUGGCCAGCGUAAAGCACUUCAGCGCGGCCGAGGAGCCUCAGGUGCCCCCAGCCGUGCUCUCCCGCCUCAAGAGCUUUCCCAUGCGGGAGCGGGACCUGGAGCAGAUCGGGGACCUGCUGGCGGUGGCCUUCUCCCCGCUCCUGCCGCCGGGGAGCCGCCCCCCCACAGCCGGAGCCCCGGCCCCCGCCCUGCCCCGCCUGCAGCCUCUCUUCCAGCUGCCCCGGCCGGGGGGAGCCGCUGCCUCCGAACGCCUCCAUCUGCAGCGGGUGUGCCUGGAACGGGUGGAGUGCGGCGCGCCUCCCGCCGACGACGUGAAGGGCUCCGGCCGGGUGCUGAGCUGUUCCGGGCCUCGGGAAGUGAGCGUGCGCUACACCUUCACCGAGUGGCGCUCCUUCCUGGACUUGCCCGCCACGCUGCAGCCCAGCCAGCCGGCCCAGAGAGAAGCGCAGGGGCAAGAGGAGCAGAGCCUGGACUCGGGCCCCGGGAGCUCCGGGGAGGGGGCCGGGGGUCCCGACGGGCCCGACACCGAGCGCUUUCACUUUUCCCUGUUUUUGCCUCCGGGACUGCUAGGGGAGGGGGAGGAGCAGCAAGCCUUCCAAGUCCACUUCGCUGUCUGUUACCGCUGCGCGCUCGGUGAGUUCUGGGACAACAACGCCGGGGCCAAUUACACCUUGCGCUACUCUCCCAGAAGCCGCCGGCUGCCGAAUCCCGACCAAGUGCCUGCCGGGGGCAGCCUCUAGGGUCCUCGCGGAACCGCGGGUCUCCACCUCUUCCUCUCAAAUGCAAACAUUUGUCUAGUGGUCAGACUUGAAGACUUGGGGGGAGGGGAGGUGGAGGAAGGAUGGCGAGAGGAGGCAGGAAUAAGCCUGAGAAAACUUUGGAUCACUUUUGGUUGACUUACAGACUCAGUUCGGGGAGUGUGAGGUUAUGGGAACUUUCCGGGUGAUCCCAUUUUUCAUCAACUUGGGGUUUUUUUUUUUGAGGGGGAGGAGAGGAAGAGGGAGGAGAAGGGAAUGUAAAGAAGCUUCAAAAGCUGUGCUUGUUAUCGGGUGUGAGGUUGGAAAUUUGGGAAGAAGCUACUAGCCAAGGUAUGGGAACAGUCCCUCUUUCUCCAAGCAAAGUAGAUCCUGUGAAUGAAGAAAGUUGAUGGAGAGUUUCCGGGAAUAUAGCCAGAACUCGUGAGAAAGAGAAGCUUUUUUUUUGCCCUGGGGAAAGGAUGCCUUGUAAAGUACUGGAAGGUUGUUUUAACUAGAGGACGUUGCACUGGCCUCAUUCCUUGGAAACUAUGGGCCACGGUGGCCCAGAAAAAACAAGAAACUACCAAUAUAAAUCAUAGGAAAAGAGGGCCCUGCCUCCGGGUCUUUUAUGGGUAGCCCCAAAGCUGAGGGGGAAAUCUGUCCAGGGAAUCUCGAGGGUUGGUCUGGACUUCAGACACAUCUAUUUCUCAGAAAAGUUUGUAGCACAUGUAGAUUUCUUCCACUGUGAACUGUUAAAUGCUCAAGAUUCUUUACCUCCACACUUGAAGCUGUGAGGUUACCCAUUUUUUUUUUUUUUGGAAUGUUUUCUAUAAAGAAGUAUUUUUAAGGGCAACAGGAUGCUCACUGAAUUGUGUUUCCUACUUUUGCUGCCCUCAAGUUUUAAAGGCCUUGACUGACAGGAUUGUCCGGUUGAUAAUAUAUGCACUUUAAUUAUUCUCAGUGUUUUUAAAACUUUGAUUUCCUCUCCCCAUAUGGAAAAGCUCUGGUUUUCCAGUAUGCAACGAAAUACUUAAUUUCUGCCAGCCCUGGGUAAAAUACCUAUUUUUUAAUUGGAGGCAACUACUUAAAAAAACAAAACAAAACAAAACAAUAUGUUUAGUAGAUUACUUUUAGUUGGCCUAUGUGGGCAAGUGGAGAAAACUUUCUAGGAGUUGUCCAGCACGGGGACUUCUAACAGUAGUUACAUUUUAACUGCUAAAUUAGCUUUGCCAUUAGCAAUUAGAUAUUUUGGAUCCUCUUUAAAGACCUGGGAUGGAAAACCACUUAAAAUUUGUUUUCCUGGAGAGAAAGCAGUUCAGUAAUAAUUUGACAGUAAAAGGUGAAGCCUAAUUUAGCAAGUGAAAUCAGUUAAGUACCUAAUGAGUUGAAUUCACUAUCUGUCCUUCAGAGUUUAUGUACUAGUUUCAAUUUUCUCUAAUUGGAACUCCAUUGUUUGUCCAGUAAAAUUAGUUAUGUGUGGAAUUAUAGCUAUUUGUAAUAUUUAUAGGCAUCCCUGCAGUAUUAUGGAGAAACAGCAAGCAACAAAUUAUUGUGUUGAUAAGAGUUAUUCUUAAGUAAUGCCCUCAUAAUGGAAGUUAAGCUUUUUCUUGGUGGAUUUUGCCACAAUAAAUUUCUCAUAGUCAACACUUUCAAACUUUUUACAUUAGUGAUUUCGGUUAGAAUAAGUACUCCCACCAAAACCUCAAGUCAUUUAUUAUUAGUCCCUUGUAUUAUUAAUUCAAUAGUUCCCUUUUUAUUUAUAGUCUAAUUUACAACAGAUAACAAACCAAUGUAUCUGAAGUAUGGCACAAAUCAUGUUUUCCAUGGAGUCUUUGUAGCUCCAUGGAAAACAUGAUAAUUCUCUUUCAUAUUUUCUUGUCUCAAAGCAUUUAAUAUCUUAGACUGCAGAAAUGUUCAGGGAAUUUAUUUUUGGACAGAUGUCCUUUAUCUUUAUGGGUACAGCCAGCAAAUAUAUUAAUACAAAUAAUUAAUAAGGGCAUGUGAUUUGGUAGUCAGAAUUUCCAAUUUAAAUGUCAUCAUAUUUAUUUUCAUAAAACUAAAGUAAUGAAAUAUUUUAAUUAUGAACAGGCACAUACCUCAUCAACUCAAAUGCAAACACUUAAGAAUUGAUUAUAGUAACAGAAAUUUAAACCAAAUACUCAUAAAAAGCAAAUGACACUUUUUAAAAAAAACAGGUUUGGAGUUUUACAUUUUUACCUAUUAGAUUACCUUGUUAUUAUAAAAUAAGUAAUCAUCAUUUAAAAGUAAAUAAUCAUAAUAUCAAUAUGUAAGCAUAGCUAACAACUAAAAGAUAUCUUCAGUGUUCUCUGAGAAAACUUGAAGCCUAAUUUUUUAAAAUUACUGUGAGAAGUAUUGUUAAUACUCAUGCCUUUUGUGGAAAUUGGGAUAUAUUUUUGCAAAAUUACUUGAAGUCAACUGAAAAUUAUCAGUUAGACAACUUUAUUUUGAAGUAUCUCAGUUUGUAUUGUAAAUCACUUAAGUGUUUUACACUGAAAUGUAAAAUUUUAAGAGGGGCUAAAAUGAGCAAUUCAAAGCCUGUGCAGUGUUUCUGAGGUAAAGAAAUGGGAGAUAUAUGCAUUCCUAAAUACAGUAAAAUACGCGCGUGCGCGUGCACACACACACCGAGAUUUAUUUUUUGCAGCAUUAUUCCAUCUCUUCUUCAGCAAAUGUUAUUCACUUUAGUACUUUAAUAAUUUAAAAUAGUCAUGGAGCUCCAGUGACAAAAGAUUGAAUAUCUGAUUAACUAAUUCUUCUUUGUUGUCAUUUGUCAUUACUGGAACAUACAGAACACUAAACUUCCAGAGACAGAUCUUGGCUAUUUCUGAGGUCACAUGACUCUGCUACUGAAUUUGAGCCUAAAAUAGUGAAUGUUAGCAUUUAUAUAAUGGUGAAACUUUUCAUUCAUCAGUUUUAAAUAUUUAGGAAGAAAUGGGUAGACUAUUGAGGUUUCAUUACAUUUCUCUAGUAGGAUUCAAGAGGGACCCAAUCUAAUGAACUGAUUUCCUCCAAAUGUCUUAUUUUGUGAUUAGCCUGUUCCCUGAGUCAAAAAGGAAAAUGCUGGAUACACAAUGAAUUGCUGUGAGGUGAAUUUACACAGGAUAAUCAGUUUUUACAAGGACACCAAAGUUCAGUUUAUUGUGAUCAUUGAAUGUUAGAACUAGGAGCCCUCUGAUAGAUGUGGAAACAGACUCAAGAAAGGUGAAGAAAUGUAACAUAGCUAGCCAGUAGUAGGUAGAUCCUGAAGUAAAAUUUGGGAAACCUGAGUUAGAGAGGCAGGCUCUGCAAAUAGAACCUAUAGCCAUUAACUACAGGACAAUUUGGGUCUUGUCUGGGGUAAGGAUAUUUUGACUUUUCAGUUACUUCCUUGGGUGGUCCUAAGUAUUAAUCAGCUUCCUCACAUCAGUCAUUCAAUCAACAAACAGUUAUGUGCAGGGCUAGGUGCUGGGAAUGCAAAUGAAAAGGUCCAAUAUUUCCUUGCCCUCAAGAAGCUUAUAUUUUUCAUCCAGAUUUUUCUAAUUAGGAUUUUUGAUGAUCUUGAUAUGUUGCUCUGGGCUUCAAUUUCCUCAUCUGUAAAAUAAAGGGAACCACUGUUCCUGUGACCAAUUAAACUCCUAUCCUUCUAUUAUGGAUUUCUCAACUCCUUUCUUCAUACUGACAGUCGAGAAAUCCAGAAGUGAGUUCUUACCUUGAAAUUUAGAUCCUUUCCUUCAUCCCUACCAUAAAGAUGUCAAAUCACACUGAAGCAGAGAUUUCCUGUUCCAUUGUUUGAGAGCUUGAAAAGAUGCAAUUCAUUUCUAGUCAUCUUGUAACAACAUCCUUUCCCAGACAUUAUAGUAUAAAAAGAGCACAUGGAUAAUUUUAGAAUGUUAAUUUUGGUUUUGAAGUCCUGACUCAGUUUGAUGUUUUACUUCUUUAAAGUCAUGUGGAUUUACAGCACUUGUAGGAUUGUUGUGAUUUCUAUCAUAUGCUGCCUGUCAAUGCUGUUAAUAUCUGCCAGAUGGAGGGAAAUCAUUGUUUCCUUUUCUCUGACAUGAAAGAAGUUGUGGGUCUAUUACAACUGGUGGGUUUGCAAUUCCACAUUUACAUAUGGGCUGGGGAUAAAAGAUUUCUACAUUGGAAAAUGAGGCCUGUGGUAGAAAUAAUUAGUGCUGAAGAAGUAUUCACACAAGUGACACUCAAAAAACAAUCUACUCACUUUCAGAGCAGCCUCAGACCCUAAGUCUCAGAAGUCUAAGCUGCUAGGCAGAAUUCCAUGGCUGGGGCUACAAGGUUUGAUGAUGUGCUUAAAUGAUAUCAGUAGGGCAAGGAGCUAGGAGGAGCCUAACGUUUGGAUUGUGUCCUCUCCUUUCUUCCAUAUGGAAAAGUGCUAUUUACCGGCUAGGUAUAUGGGCAAAUGUCCAGAUGCUUGAGGAGAGCUUGACCCCAGCCAUCUGUUCAAGACCAUGUAACAUGUGUUUAGCCAUCAUUCAAGAUCAGAAGGAAAACUGUGUUCAUUUGAUUUUCUUGAUGACUGUCACACUAACUGGAAGUCUCUAAAACUCUUUAAUAAGUACUCAAUUUUAAUGACCCUUAAUCCAAAGUCGAGGUCUUUAAGCAUGUUUCCUGCCUGCUCUUUGGAUCAACAGUAUUCCUCUGGAGCUGUUAAGCUCUUUUAACUCUUUUUCAGAAGACUUCACAUUUGUGUUUUGUAGAGUAAUUUUUUUUUUGACCUUGGCUGGCUAUGAACAGGCCCCUUUUGGCAAAAAGAAACCUGAGCAGUAUCUCAACUGAAUAUAAAUUCAGAAAGGUCUAAGAUCAGGGUAGUUGGAGAAAGGAGUAAAGAUUAUAGAAAGUAAGCAGCAUUUUCAAAUAAGCAAUCAGUACAAAGACUCCAAUUAGAAAAUGUAUUUAAAAACAAACAUCAUUAGAAACACGGAAAUCAUUUGGGGAUAACUAAUGGAAAUGAGUUUUGUUUUUAAAUAGAUCAUCUAGAUCCCUCUGCUGAUUGUGUUUACCCAUCUCAUUUAUAGUGUUAGUAUUGCUCAGCCCCCUGUCAUUUAAAUAGUUUAUCUGAUACCACUUAUAGAGGGUAGCAAAUGGGGAUUUAAAAGAAUCAUUCUGAUGCUUAUUGGAAUGUCAAAUAAGGGCAGAAAAAUACAAACCAAGUAAACUAGGAGUCUAAAAUGAGCUGUUUGGAGCAUUUAGAUAUUUUUGAGUUUAAAAAUUCAUGAAUAUGUUUUCAUUGCAGAUGUUUUUAAUACAGAGUUAUGUGUGUCAAGGGAGCAUACUACUAAAGCUGAUGAGGAUUUACAUUCAAGGAGAGAAUAAUCUUUAAAAAGGAUCUUUUUCUUUACCCAGUACUAUCUAGGAGAUUUGUGAUUUCAGCUCUUCUCUUGACAUAUGUGGGGAGACUUCUUGUAUUCCAUGGGAGUAAAAGUGUCCUUCCAUAUACUAUAUAGUGAGCUGCAAAGAGUCAUUAUUGCUGGCUAACAGUUUGAUUUUUUAAAUUCUCAUCUUGUAACAUAACAUGUUGGGAAAUAUUUUAGUGAGCCCAAACCACCUUACUGUUUUACUUUCAGUUUUGUUCAUGAACAAUAUAGUAUCCAUUAAUUUUUUUUUUUUUAAACAGAAACAGGAUGGACCCUUUACAUGACCCUGCUUCAUAAUUCAAGUAAAUACCCCAGGCUUAGUCUAGGUUCUCAUUAAGUUGAUUUUUCUUUUGAAGUCACAGGCCUUUGAAUUCAGUAUAUUAUUCCUUCAUUUGCCUUUUGAUUUCCAUCUUUUUAUCUCUUUAUCCACAGGAUAAACAGUUAUUAAAAGCCUGUUAUAUAUAAAUCACUAUGCUAGGCCUGGAGGGGGGAGGCAAAGUUUGGCUAUGUAUGGUAGUCGCUACUCUAAAAGAACUUUCAGCAUAGAAAGGGUCACACAAACAUAUACUAUAUAUGCACAGGCUACAAAUUAUAUCUUGAAAGAAUUAUUUGAUACAUAUUUAAGAUAGCUUUUACUUUAAAUCACAACUAGAAAUGGAUCUUUCUGAGUUAUUUGGGACUUUAUUAUACAACUUAGCAGCAAGCCAUAAUAAAAUGGAUUUAUUUACAUGACAGCAUGGUUUGGAAGAGCACAUUCUUUUGAAAAACUGGCUUGAAUUCAUGGAACUGUAUCUACCAAAGUAGACAAUUAAAGCCAGUUCUGUUCAGUUUUGUGCACAGGAUAGAUAAGUACUUAAUAAAUGCCUCUUGCAAGUAUUCUUCCAUUAUUCCAAGCCCAGGGAUUUAUGAUGUCCAAGCUUCUUGUUAUCCCUAAUUCUGCCUUAAACUGUGUUUUUGUUGUUUUUAGUAGUUUUUGGCAUUUUAUGACUCCAUUUGGGAUUUUCUUAGCAAAGACAUCAGAGUGAUUUGCCAUUUUCUUCUCCAAACCCAUUUUACAGAUGAGGAAACUGAAGCAAACAGAGUAAAGGGACUUGCCCAGGAUCACACAGCUAAGUGUCUGAGGCCAGAUUUGAAUUUAGGAACUCAAGUCUUUCUGACUCCAGGCCUGGCGCUCUAUAUCCACCAUGCUAUCUGGCUGCCCCCAGAGGGAAACUACCUGGCUCUUCAUUCAGAACCUUCUUCUUUGCUAUUGAAAAUAUGUAUGUUGCAAUCACUGGUGAUUCUUGCUUAGCUCAGGAGUGGGAGUAGCAGGCCCUGGCCUAAUCAAACAGUCAUCAUGGCCUCUGCCACCAGCCAAUUUACUCAGUAGCACAGGAAAUGUGAAUUUUUCAAACUUGGAAUUUGAACUGUCUGAGUAAUUACUUUUUGUAAUAUCUUGAAGCAAGGUCCUUUACAAAGAGGUAAUAUAAAGAGAAGGGCACUGAGUAGAAUUACAGUAAAAGCCUAUAUUAAACUCUUCAUUAUAUAAUAGCAUGCUUUCAGAUGUAUAGGUUAGGGAGAUCUAUUUUAUUAAAUCAUAGCUCACUCAGUCAUAGUUUUCUAUCUAUACUACCAAGAGUCUUCCUUUUUUUUUUUUUUUUUUAACUGCUGGUGCUGUAAUUUUCCUUAAGUGUUCUUGUCACAAGUAUUUUAAACCCUAUUUCUUUGGGGUCAAAGAAUGUGUCUUAGCUUAACCUAAUGUGAAAUUGGAAUUUUAAAUGUCUCAAAUGCUUUUCUUGUAUUCCGUCUACUCAGUCUUGUGUUUUUGUGAAAAUCAAUCAUUAUUUUAGGGUUUCUCUCCAUUGGGGAGAGGAUAUAUAGAAUUGAUAAUCACCUACUUUGGGGAUUGUAAUUAACAAUCCCUGGGAAACUUUCAAUUUUCAAAAACAUAGCAAUAAUAAGAUUAAGGCUACUAUUUUGCUUGUAUAUUUUUGUGUAAUUACCUGAAACUUUAAGGAAUUCUUCUUAAUGUGAAAGUAAUCUACUUAACUUUAGUUUUAGGAUUCACCAGUGUGAUUUACCAAGCAAACAUCACCUUUUGUAAUAAUUUUGAAGCUAUUUAUUUAAGCUUAGAACUGCUGGAAGCAAAAUAUGUUCCCGACUUUCCUUCUGGAUUUUUAAAAGGUCAGAGAUGCCUUUGUAGUUUGAAAAUAUCUUCUCCUUUUCUCAGGUACUUUUACACUCUCUCAUGCCGAUGUCCUGAAUUAAUUUUGUUUUGUGCCAGCCUUAAAAACUAUUGAGUUCACAGCCAUGGCAUGAAUAAAAAUGUUUGAAAAAUCAAA